GCAGAUGCGUGGGCUGCGGUCUGAUCGCCUGCUGCUAGCCGCGCGAUAGUCGGCGGUCUGCAAGCGAUAGGUCGACGAAGAACUAGGUGACGCCAUGGCGCGCGCAGGAAAGCUGAUGUGUCAAUACGACGGCAGGGACCGAGGCUGGGCGUGGGUGAUUCUUGCCUCCGCUUUCAUCAACUGGGCGAUCAUCCUAGGUACGUCGUUCUCGUUUGGAGUCUACUACGGACAUCUGCUGCAUCAUUUCAAGCAUAGCAUGGCCGAGACUGCCUGGGUCGGCUCCAUCAACACACUGCUUGUGUUCAGCUCAGGACCGCUCACGAACCUGCUAACGGGUUUCUUCAGCUAUCGCGUCGUCAUCAUCAUUGGCGGCCUCCUCGCUGCCAGCGGCUGUCUGCUCAGCGUGUUCGCCACGCAGAUAUGGCAUCUGAUCAUCACCUACGGAAUUAUCUGUGGCCUUGGGUUCGGCCUCGCCUACACGCCCAGCGUCGCCAUGGUUGGACUCUACUUCGCCAGAUGGCGCUCGAUCGCCUUGUCUGUGGUGCAGGCCGGGGUCGGCACUGGUUGUCUCCUCUACGCGCCGCUCUCACAGAUCAUCAUGGAGAAGCUCGGCUGGCAGGGAGCCAUGCUGGCCACCUCCGGACUGUGUCUCCAGAUGUGCAUCACCGGCGCUCUAAUGAGACCGCCCGACUUCUACGAAGUUGCCGCAGGCGGCAGAGCAAGAGGAAACGGAGGAGUAGCAACAGCAGAAGGAGGUGAAGCAAAGAAAACGCUCUCGCAGCUGUGCAACUUGGACGUUGCUGUGCUGAAGGACGUACGUUUCCUCGUGCUCUGGUGUAACAACUUGCUGUGGAACGCCGGAUUCAUCAUCGUCUUCGUCAUCAUCGUCGACUACCUAUGCACGAACCAGAACUUCCCGAAGAUGGAGGCGGUCGUAAUGUUGUCUAUCAUAGCCAUCACGAACACCAUCGGGCGUCCCAUAGCUGGACUACUGGGCACGCACAAGCUGUGCAAUCGCAUGUACUUGUACAACGUCUCUACGUGCCUAUACGGCAUCGUCAUCUGUUUGUACGUCAUUGACGGACUCAGCUUCGAGUGGUACGCCGCCUUUUCGACGCUGUUCGGACUAUUUCUGGGCAUGCAGUGCGGAAUACUGCCCAUAAUAACUGCGGACAUGUUCGGCGUCGAGACACUUGUAUCCACCUUUGGAUAUCUGAUGAUCUCAAACGGAGUCGGCAACAUGAUAGGUCCUCCGAUAGCGGGCUGGAUGGUGGAGAAAACAGGUUCGUUCCAAGCAGCGUUCUAUCUAGCCUCGUCGCUGACGGUGGCAAGUAGCAUCAUGAUGUUUCUCGUCCCGCACCUCUCCGAUACACAGAAGCCGACAGGAAUGCCGCCACGCGCUGCCUACGAGAAAUGUAAACUUGCAAGUGUAUGAAAAGAAGAGCGGCAAUUCCGGUUCGAUGGACACCUCAGCAACAAGAAAUAACAAUCGUAUCGAACCUGUCCUGAUCAUCGCAGAGACACUGUUAGCGCGGCGCAACAGCUACGGAAAAACAAACAUAAUACUCUAUGGACAUUGUCGUCAUCAUCAUCAUCAUCAUCAUCAUCAUCAUCACCAUCAUCAUCAUCAUCAUCAUC